CUCGAGAUGCUGUGCUCGCUCAGAGUAGUUAAUUCAGUCAUGCUGAGAUCUGUCGGUGCUGCCGUGUUUCGUGCUGAGUUGUAAACAGCAAGUCUUGGACUCCUUCACACUACAGAUCGGUUCGUCCGUCGGGCUUCGGCAAGAGCUAAAUAACAAAGAAAUUAAUUAAACGCGCAUUGGAGGAAUGUGGCGAUGACGCGAUAACAGUUCUGCAACAGGACGGCCAGCAAACGGUCCCGACAGUGCUUUAUUUUGCGGCAGCUAGCCCGAAACAGUUGACACGCUUCACGUUCGUGGUCCGUGCCGCUGGGGCUUCAGCUCGUGAAGCGAAGAAGUGGAAUAAAUGCAGUGCCAUUCUGAGAGGUAGUGGACAGUUGCCACGGAAACGGAUAAAAGUGAACGGUAUGAAAACGCAAAGAAAAAAGCGUUGUGCCAACCAGUAAGCCAUUCCCGUGCAGCUUCCAUCCAGAUCAUCGUUCAGGCAAAACUACGAUCGUGUCGCAUCCGCCAGCGAUGGUACAAAAGCCGUAAGCUAGGAAAAGAUAAAUGGUGAAAGCUCUCAACAAUGCGUGCUAAACGAAGAUCAUCAUCGUCCAUGAAUAUGAUACUACAUCCGUACCAACUACAGCCUCUGUUCCUGUACACAAACAUCGCAAAUGAUCUUGGCCUCUUGCGUACUCCUUGCGAGAGAGAAAAGUUUUAGCAUCUUGAAAAGCGAUACCAAUAUCAAGUAUUGUGAGUCGAAGAUACAACAAGCGAUAAGUAGUUUUGUGUGAUAUACCUUGCAACGCAUUGAAACUGCCCGUGUACGCGUAUUCGUAGUGACAGCUACGCAAAUGGCUUUAGAGUGAUCAAGAAACUAGUGUCCAAUAUAUAUAUAUAUAUAUAUAUAUAUAGUUAUUUAUGUAUAUGUAUAUACAUAUAUCAGUGCAAAGCAAAAUGUGUAAAGCGGGAAAAUCCUCCCUGAAAGCAGUGGCGAUGAUGGCCACUGACAUCGAGCUAAGUCGAGGAUGGAUUAUUCUUAUAUGGAUUGCUACAGUCAUCCUCGGUACGGUCAGCAGCAGCGGCAGCGGCAGUGGCAGCGCGUUGGGAGUCGCACUAGGACAAGGGAUUCCGACUUGGAUAUCCCUGGGACUCAAGUCUCCUUUUAUUGUGUUCCGAGCGGAACAGGAGGUGCUGUCAAAUAAUAGUGUGCUGCUGAAUCUAACCGACAUACGCAACAAGCUCAAGUCCGUUCAUAAUCUCGAUCAGUUCAUCCGUCCGAUCGACGGCAAUGCUGAUAGUAAGAGCCCCAAAAAGGAUCCGUUCACACAUAAGAGCACAGGUGGGUGGAUAGGGAGCGCUGGCACUAACGCACCACCACCUGCUGCGCCACCCGUCUUUAGUGCGGAGAGUGCGUUCGGCGGUAGCAACGUUUCGAUAACCUUCCUCACCACUGUGUCACCUUCGUUUGUGAACCACUUUGAGAAAACCAUCGGCAACGAAGGGGAGUACGGAACCCGAUCGAUGCUGUCCGCGAGGAGUAAACCACAUGCACCGAGUGUGAUAGGUGCCGGGGAUCACAUGAUUUCCGACGACGAUGGCGGCAGUGGGAAAAAGGAGCGCAAGUACAUCAUUCCCUUGGCGCUGAAGACGUCCGCGAGCGAAAAGGAGAAAACGGCAUCCGUAUUUCACGGUUCAUCUACCAACAUCGACGAUCUGAAGCGGCACAUAUUGAUGUUACAGAAUCUGACCCAAUCCGAUAAAAACUUUCAAAGCAAAUUUGUAGUUUUUCCCUCGCUGCAGAAAAACGGUACCGAACGGGUCGGGCAGACUGCGGCCACCACCAUACUGCCAGCCACAGUCGCACCGCAUCAUUUAUCGCUGGCAGCCGGAGGAGGAUCGUUCGCAAAGGACGCGAGGGAGCAUCGAAACUUUGCGCCGUCGAACCGCGGCCAAAGCACGAAAGGGGAUACAAGUACCUCCAACAAUCGGUCGGUGGGACGGGCCCAGAUCUCCGCUUCGAUCAAUAUGCCAAAGAAAGCGUUUCCUGAUUCGCACGACAUCCUGUCGGACAAGAAGGAGGAAGGACUGCAAGCAUUGAAGGCGGAAAAAAUCACUAUAGUGCCACAAGUAUUUUUGCAGAACGAUCAAACAAGUGAAACUGUCAGCGAUAAGGGGCAGAAACCGAACGAAUCUGCCAAUCGCGCCGUGGCCGACAGCGCUAAGAUGACGGUUUCAUCGCAGGACGAGAUUGCACCACCGCCGUUCUCCAGAAUGCGAGAAACGAAGGAAAAAAAUGGUGUACGAAAGUUUGGACAUAAAUCAAUGGCAUCUGCUACUACUCCUGGCCCCAGGACGGAGCAGCCAGUGGGUGGCAUGAGCGGUAGAAACAAUCGAACCGCUUCUACAACUCCACGUAUGAAAAGUGGCGCUCUUGCAAAUAAAGCGAAAGGAUCCCCAAUCCGUGCGGCAUCCACUGAGAUCGAAGAGCAGCGAUGGAGCAUGAAUGGGCCGAAGCUAAACGGAACGUCAUCGCGAGCGACCACAACAAAAGGCGAAGGGAAAAAGAGGCAACGUAAAAAUGGUAAACGCCGGGGCAGCAAGCAGCCACCCAUCAAACUCAAUGGGGCCAAAGAGGAGCCAAAAACGGUAAUAUUGAACGACGACGCCUCGGUACUACAAAUGGAUGAUGUCGAGCGUGGCAGCAGUGACGCUGCCACACGGCAAGAUAUGGCUGGCGUGCGGCCCGCCAAGCCAGGACGUGCCACCGGAAGCCGGAAGCAGUCUCCGUCCUCUCGGGUGCGGCGCAACGAGCAUGGUAGUGGUGUGCAGCAGGCAUCCAGCAAACAACAACACCAGCAACUGUACGCUUCCACCGGACGGCUGCAUGGGCCGACGGGCAGGGAUGGACGGUACGAGAGUCGUAUGGCUGCGACGGCGUUCGGUUCGUUGGAGUCGUUAGCAGCAAGCACAACGGCGGAGCAACUGACGAAUGAAGGAUCCGGCGAGAACAACAAUAGAAGUCACAAUUACCGUAAUCGGACUUUAUCAGCGGAUGGCAAUGAGAAAGAUAUUGUGGACCUGAACCCGGAUCUAUGCUACACGCUCAGCGCGCUAAGUGGCGGCCAGCAGAAACUGUGUGCUCAGCACACGAGCAUUAUGCCAGCAAUCAGUCGAGGAGCUCGGGCGGCCAUACAGGAAUGCAAACAUCAGUUCCGGAACCGUAGGUGGAAUUGCAGCGUCGUGAAUGAUGAUACCGUUUUUGGACCCAUAUCAAACAUAGGAUCCCCGGAGAUGGCGUUCGUGUAUGCAAUGGCCGCGGCUGCAGCAUCUAGCUUUAUUGCACGGGCCUGCCGUGAUGGCCAACUCGCUUCCUGUGGCUGUUCCCGUAGCAGCCGACCCUCCAAGCUAAAUGACGACUGGACCUGGGGCGGAUGCGGCGACGACAUGGAAUACGGUUACAAAUUCACGCAAACUUUCAUCGACAUUCGUGAGAAGGAGAAAAAGAGGGGCACACGUGGCCUGGUAUCCAUUCCGGCCAAGUAUCCGAAAAUAAUCGAACGACUCUUGGACGCACUCAACGAUACCACCAAGGCAGGCGUGAUGCUGAACGAGACGGACACGAUUCUGCGGCCGGAGGACCUGGAGAAGCUGCAGGAUAAAAUAGCGAAAGAGAUCGCCAACUCGAACCUUAAUCCGAAGGAAAUCAGCGACCUGCAGGAACGGAUUAACAAGGAAAUCACCAACUCCGAGGUAUUCAACCUGAAAAACGUCAACAUUUAUGAUAAAUUGAAAAAGAUAUUCCGAAAACCCGAGAAAACGCUCAACGGUGUACAGUUUAGUGCGUCGGCCAAGGCACGAGCCCUGAUGAAUUUGCAUAAUAAUGAAGCUGGUCGUAGGGCCGUCAUUAAAAAAUCGCGCAUUAUCUGCAAAUGUCACGGAGUAUCGGGUUCGUGCAGUUUGAUCACUUGUUGGCAGCAGCUGACAUCGAUAAGGGAAAUAGGUGACUUUUUGCGAGAAAAGUAUGACGAAGCAACGCAGGUUAAAGUGAACAAACGAGGCCGAUUACAGGUAAAGGAUCCGCGGUACAAAAUUCCAUCCGCCUUAGACCUGAUCUAUCUCGACGAAAGUCCCGACUGGUGUCGCGUCAACCGGCAGCUCAUGUGGCAAGGAACACACGGUCGGGUGUGUAACAAGACCUCGUCUGGGCUAGACGGAUGCUCCAUACUUUGCUGUGGCAGAGGUUACAACACGAAGAAGAUCAUCGUGAAGGAACGCUGUAAUUGUAAAUUUCAGUGGUGCUGUCAGGUGAAGUGCGAAGUCUGCACGAGAAGCAUCGAGGAGUACACGUGUAAAUAAUAGAAUAAGAAGUGAGUGCGGUGCGGGCAGCAGCGCUAGUGUGAACAUGAAUCGAAGGUAUGGAUCAUCCCCCCGCGCAUAGCAAACGUAUACUCGUCAUUCCGGUAUACAGAUCCUCGUCAUAUAGGUUUGAUCGUUAGAUUGGUACAAUCGAGCCGUGAACAGGUUGACAACACAAGCGAGACACACUGUCUCAGACUGACUGCGCAAUGCCGACAAUAUUAUGUUUUGCUUUCAAACAUUCCGUGACGCUUGUUAUGACAAUUUCUUGCCACUACAUUUCACUAUCACCGUGAGUAGCCCAAAUACCGAUUCAUUCUCCAUUAGUUACUGCCGGUGCAUGAUAGUCAGUUGUAAAUAUCAGUUAUUGCAGCGCGUGUUAAGAAUAUUACUAAAACAAAAGCAAACAAUACAACACACAGUAUUAUUAGGUACAGUUUUACUUAAUGCAUUAAUUAAGUAUUCGCUAGGAUGCUCGAUGGACUUGCAAUUGAUAUUAGGAAGGUACAGUUGGCAAUACAUAACUAAUCGACUCUGCAGAUGGAUUAUCGAAGCCUGAGAGAUAAUGUUCUUCUUACAUUUCGUGUCUCGUAAGCAUGUCACAAAUCCUACUGUAGAUACAGAAGUGUUAGACGCAGAGAUUGAAACUCGAGCACGGUCAAACUAGCUUUUUAACGUUUAACAACCUAUCUAAGCGACUGUCGUGUAGUCAUACUUCACACCGAUUUUGUACAAAAUUUGUGGCCCACUAAGGGACAGAUUUUCCGUGAACCGGCAGCAAGCAAUGGUAUCGUUGUGCUGUGGGUUAAAGUUCUGAUUUCGCCCGCAUUUGCUGGCUUGACUAUUCACAGGCAUUUCCUAAAUUCUCUUUUAGCUAUGAAUGAACGAACGAAUGUAUAACCUGCCUAUUUAAGUGAUAUGAACAAAGGAGCACUUUUAGUGAAUUAUUAUUGUCCGUUUUCAUUCCAAACAUGUUUCCGUCGUAAGUAUGAGCAAAGAAGCAAUAAAAAUCAUAAAUCGAUCGAUGAAAA